AUGAAAAUUCACAGCAAACAGAGGCCCUACAAGUGUAGCCAAUGUAGCAAGUGCUUUAAACAAGCAUCAGUUUUAUACAAUCACCUCAGGGUACACAACGAUGAGAGACCCUACAAGUGUAGCCAAUGUAACAAGUGCUUUAAACAAGCAACAGGUUUAUACAAUCACCUCAGCGUACACAGUGAUGAGAGACCCUACAAGUGUAGCCAAUGUAACAAGUGCUUUAAACAGGUCACUAGCUUAAACCAGCACCUCAGAAUACACAGUGAUGAGAGACCCUACAAGUGUGCCCAGUGUAACAAAUAUUUCCGACAAUCAUCUCACUUACAAAACCAUCUGCGGAUACACAGAGGAGAAAAAUCCUACAAAUGUGCUCAGUGUGACAAGUGUUUCCCUAGGUCAUCAGUUUGGAAAGAGCACAUGUUAAUACAUACUAAUGAAAAGCCGUUCAAAUGUACUCGAUGUAAAAAAUGUUUCCGACACUCAUCUCACUUGCAAGUCCAUCUGCGGAUACACAUUGGAGAAAAACCCUUCAAAUGUAUUCAGUGUGACAAGUGUUUCAGACAAUCAUCAGAUUUAAAAAAACACUUGUUAAUACAUAAUAAGGAAAGGCCCUUCAAAUGUACUCGGUGUAAAAAAUGUUUCAGAAAGUCUUCUCACUUGCAAGACCAUUUGCGGAUACACAGUGGAGAAAGACCCUUCAAGUGUACUCAGUGUGAAAAAUGUUUCACCCGGAAACAGACACUGUUUUAUCACAAAAGAAAAUACCAUUCUGAUUCACCGCACGAAUGUGAAUCAUGCGGUAAAUCUUUCACUGAUGACAAUGCUUUGAAGAGGCACGAUUGCGAGAAACGAUCUGCUAGAGACAAAGAAAGAUUCACUUGCUGGAUGUGUGAUGAAUACUGCUACGAUCAUUGUGGAUAUCUUUAUCACAUGUAUAAACACAUGCAAGGAUAAAUGGAGUGACAAAUGGUGUCUAUACAGAGAGCCUCAAAAAAUAAACAACAGUACUUUACCAGGCAAUGCAUGGGGUGCUUUUGGAAAAUGGCUUAUGAGCAGUGGUACAAAUGCUGCGGGUUCGCGAGUUACUGUUCAGUUUCAGUUCGUCCAUGCAGUUUUGCACACAUUUGUAGCCGAAUAAUUCUUGGUUUGGUUGUAGUUUCAGUUUGGUCUAUUGAACAUGCCUUUUUACGGCCAUGAUUCAGUCAACACAGAUAUGCGGUUUAUAAUGGUUAGAUAACGCUUCAUGACGAUGGUGGAUGCAAUGAUAUGAUCACAACAUAAUUAGCAAUACUCACACCACUACACGUUAUUAAUUAGUUUCUAUGUGAGUUGGGAUAUGUAAUUGCGGUAUGGAACUUUGUAAGAUUUGAAUCUUAAUUCAAAGUCACUCAAUGAUGAUAAUUUUGAUUUGUUCAAUUUGUUGGAAUUUUUUGACCGGUGCGGCCUCACUUUUACGUUGAAUCACGUGUUAAGACCUGAAUUAUGCAAAUUUAUUCACAGUUUGUGUGGUAAAAGCCAGGAGCCUGACUACGCGCCUUUGAAAAGAGACAUUCCAAUGCUGAUACUCGCAACGGUUCCGUGUAAAAUGAUUGCACAGGUUUAAACUCCUCCGUUAAAAAAUUGUCCAGACAUUUCAUUUACGUUGUUCAUUGAAGUUGCUGAAUAUUGUAUUGUUCCUGUUGCGUGCUUAAAAAUAAAGUACACAGUUAAGUAUGUGUACCCUUGUUACGUUGCUUAAGACUAGGGGGGACAGGGUGGGGUCCAAAUCUCCCGCCCUCCGUACCUUGCAUUCCUGGAUCCUGUCCCUUUUUUUCUCGGCAUUUUCCAUUUGCCUCAUUUUCGACCCCGAGAUGUGAAGCAUUGUUGCGCAAUCAUUUCCUCCUUAUUUAUCCCCUUCACACCUUUUUAUGAACUAGAAAUAACGGAAGCAAGUUUUGUACGUGGGCUUGGAGGUCGAUGUGAUAGCUGCCCCAAAUUAUGGAAUCUACCAGUUCUAUCAGUCUCUUAAAACCAAGAACGCGUCUCUUCGAUAUAUUUUUUUCUUAGUUGUAAAUCGCCACAUGUAUCCAGUCUUUAAUGGGAUUCCGGGCUCCUUGAGCUGUAUUCCGUUUUCCAAAGACCAGUUCCGGAUUCCACAAUGAUACCCUGGAUUCCAGAAUUCCUAUUCCUCUACAUGGGGUGAUAAAAGAAGUCAUCGUGCAAAACUGCAAACGGUUUAAUGCGUUGAAAAGAAACAAAAUGGAUGGAAAUCUACCAAAACACAACCUACAAACAUUGUUGAGAUGGUUUUUGCCCAAGUCUCUCAUUGAAUGUUUCUGACAUGUGGGACGCCUUGCCCCCUAAAUAUUUCGAGGCUACAAGUAAGCUGACCAAUUACAAUGCCUAUAUGUAUUUUUAAUCACAAAAGUGACCUUUUCGUUAGCACACGUAAAAAUAGCGCCUUCUUUGCAGCAACAACUGUUGCUCAAUGCUUUAAAAAUAAAUUUUGCACUGUUUAAGACGGUUUUCAAGUUCCUAGCGUCACCUCACCAGAACUCAAUAAAAAAGGGAAGAAUUUCCUUUGUUUGAAAUCCUAGCUCCAAAAUUGUUUUCGGCAAAAGAGUUAGGCUUGCUUACAUCAUAGUUUAUUUCUUUUGCCCUCUGAAGAACAAUGGGUGGCGGUUGAUCAUGUUUUAUUUCUUAGAAUAAAGUUGAAUUACACAAUAAUUUAUAGAGCGAUCCGGCUCCAGUUUUCUCCAUGUUGAGCGGCAUUUUUAGUGUGGUAUAAAUCACAAUAAACAUACUCUUACAUACACUGGUACGCAAGGAAUUCACUUGUUCAAUACUUAAUGGAUUUGCCUCCUUCAGCCGUAUUGUUGCUAGUCUCCCUCGCAACCGUUUAAGUAUCGUCACGUAACGCUCCUCUCACAUGCGUUGCGUGACGAUACUAAAAACAACUGCGAGGGAGACUACAUUGUUGUUGUGUCUGCAAGGAUUGUAGAAUGACGUUACAAGUUUAUAAGAUGAAAGGUAGGCUUUUGUACAUUAUGCUUUUGUUUCCCCACUAAAAUGCUUCACCUUAACGCUCCAUUUCUCCCACUGAAAUGCUCGGUGUCCCCAAAAAAGUCACUAAAAUGCUUGGAUAAUGCUCAUUAUUUAAACGCUUUUUUUUAUUAAUUUACUCUUGAGUCUUGAAAGGUAAAACCGCUGACUUGUCCUCAGUCUCCACUCAGCUGUAUUAGGUUUUUUCGUGAAUUUUGAGUUUUAGUCUUCAUUUUCAUUGAAAAAAGCAGGAGCCCAUGGCCAUGGGCUCCUGAAAAAAGUUAAUUUCUAUUUUAUUUUCUCUCAAAAACUUAAUUUUCCGGGAAAAUGCCACUAAAAUGCUCGAAUAAUGCUCAAUGCUUUUGCCUCAAAAUGCUCGAAAAAAUGCUAGCAUAAUGUACAAAAGCCUAAUGAAAGGGCCUGGGCACAAGGAUCGGGCAAAUCCGCCAUUUUGUUUUCAUCGUUGGUCACAUUGCGAUGCACGCUUGUAUUCAAUCGAUUAUCUGCAUUGGGGAGACUUUGCGGAACUGAAGGAAAUUACGGUAAGUAUUAACCGUUUUGUGUUUCUUCCAUUUUACAGCUGAUUUUAAUAUGUGAGAACUGAAUGUUUCCAGAAGUGACCCCAAGGAGUGACCCCAUGACCAAACGCUAACAUUUUUCUAAGCGAACGGGGCGGCAGCAACUCAGUUUUUUCUCUGAUCACGAUUACCGCUCACUGUUUUCCCCUGGGACAAAAAAAACAACGUUUUUUGCCGAUAAGGGUUAGGACCAGGAGCUACAAUGUUUAUUUAACUGGAGUACGGUGACUGAGGUGUAUUUUGACCCGUGGAAUGUUGCAUGUAAACUGACACCUAAAAAAACACUCCUAUUACUAAAGCGAUAGGUAGCGUGUUUCGUAUGUUUGUCUACUAGCAAAACACAUGUUCAACAGUUACAUCACGGACAGCAUCGACGUACUGCAGAUCAAUGAUUCAUAAUACAUUAUAGAUCAACAAAAGAGCAUCGGAGCUGGACAGUCGACUGUAUCAUAUUGACUAACAAGGGUCAAAAAAAUAUCUAAAUAGUUCCAGUAAAUAUUAUUUUACCAUCAUAUCAUUGGCUAUACAUUUGUCCUGGUUUAUUUUUAACUGAAAAUUCGUCUGUUUGUCAUCAAAUUCGUUCUCCGAUCUUACCUGUGCCAUUUCAGGAAUGGUAUUUUGUGGAGUUUGUCAGUGUUACCUCCAGGUGCAAAGCUCGACAUAAUGCUACUUAAAUCAGCUAGAAAAGGCAAGGUAAUUUUAAUUUUUAGACUUCAUUUAUUCUGAUCGAUUCACUGAUACAAGCUUUGGAUAUUGCUGGUUUUCAGUAUCACGCCAUUCAAAAUAGAUCAAAAUAAAAAUCAAAACCGUUCGAUUAACAAAGUCCAGAAUCUGGGAAAUGAAAGAAGGUAAAUAUGCAAAGACCCUCGCCAAGAUUCAGGUCAGAGGAAUAUUUCGUAUACGAGAUAUCGGAAGAAAUGUUUUAUCCAAAUUUAUAGAGAUUUGUAUGGAGACGCCAUGCUGGUGCUCAUCCGGAUGGGCACCAACAUGGUGGACGGAAACUAACAGAAACAUCUGUUAGCGAGUUUUGCUACAAAAGCGUGAAUUUAUUCUUCGAGGAACUCACAAACAUUACAAGUAAUACUUUUCUAAUGCAUAAACUGUUUAGAUAGCAAAAUUCCCUGAAAUAAGUCAUUUUUUAAUCUACAUGACAUCUCUCUUGGCCGUUAUGUAAAUGACGCGUCACGCAAAAGCUUAGGAAUUCAAGCGUACUCCAUCACAAAACCAACAACUCUUUUGAAGCGAAAAUUUGUAUGAAAAUUAGUUUUCCGCUGCUCUAAUACAUCGUGAAAGUAAAAUCUCGGAAGGAUCGAUAGUUUGUAGUUUGAAUUUUAGUGACAUCAGGUGAAAACCAACAAUAGCCACACCUGAGAACAGGAUAUCGAAUUUGAUGAGAAUCAAACUAAGAAAAUUGUAGUUAAAAAUUAACCAGGAUAAAUUGAAAGAGGAUGAUAUAAUGGAAAAGGAAUAUUUGUUUGAAACUAUUAGAAAUUGUUAUUUUUUUUAGCUCUUACAGUCAAAUACUCAUAUAGUUGACUCUCCAGCUUCGAAAAAUGCGACAUUUUGUAAGAUAACCCAAACAACCAACCGGUACAAAGAACCCACACAAAAAAUUUCGCCAGUAAAACCUCAAGCAAAACGUUCCUUUUUCUUGCUUUUUAAAUGUUAGACAUGGCCGCGGAGAAGAGGACUCGAAGAAAGUCAUUCAAGUGCAGUACCUGUAAAAAGGCUUUUAAUACAAAGUCAGCUCUAAAUGUGCACAUGAAAAUUCACAGUGAACAGAGGCCCUACAAGUGUAGCCAAUGUAACAAGUGCUUUAAACAAACACAAGGUUUAUACUAUCACCUCAGAGUACACAGUGGUGAAAGGCCCUACAAGUGUACUCGGUGUAAAAAAUGUUUCCGACAAUCAUGUCACUUACAAGACCAUCUGCGGGUACACAGUGGAGAAAGACCCUUCAAGUGUACUCGGUGUAAAAAGUGUUUCCGAUGCUCAUCCACCUUGCAAGACCAUCUGCGGAUACACAGUGGAGAAAAACCCUACAAAUGUACUCAGUGUAAAAAGUGUUUCAGACAAUCAGGAGAUUUGAAAAGGCACUUGUUGAUACAUAACAAUCAAAGGCCCUUCAAAUGUCCUCGGUGCAAAAAAUGUUUCCGAACGUCAUAUCACUUGCAACGCCAUCUGCGGAUACACAGUGGAGAAAAACCCUACAAAUGUACUCAGUGUGACAAGUGUUUCAGAUGGUCAACAGAUUUGAAAAGACACUUGUUAAUACAUACUAAUGAAAGGCCCUUCAAAUGUACUCAGUGUGACAAGUGUUUCAGAUGGUCAACAGAUUUGAAAAGACACUUGUUAAUACAUACUAAUGAAAGGCCCUUCAAAUGUACUCAGUGUGACAAGUGUUUCAGACGGUCAUCAGAUUUGAAAAGACACUUGUUAAUACAUACUAAUGAAAGGCCCUUCAAAUGUACUCAGUGUGAAAAAUGUUUCCGACUAUCAUCUCACCUCCAAGACCAUUUGCGGAUACACAGUGGAGAAAGACCCUUCCAGUGUACUCAGUGUGAAAAAUGUUUCACCCGGAAACAGACAUUGUUUUAUCACAAAAGAAAAUUCCAUUCUGAUUCACCGCACGAAUGU